CAUACUUUGAUGCUACAUACAUACCAUUAUCGCCGAUCACAGGACAAAAGGGCUUGUCCAUUGGUAACAGACUUUGUCCCUUGGUCAUGCUUGUUUGCCCAAGAUGUCAUUCUCUCAACGCAACCUAUAUUAUUUGCGAGCGUCCCGGAGCGUGGUAAUGCAGGCGAUUCUGUACCUGGAUCCCAAAAAUCUUCGAUGGAUGAAUGCGCCAUUAUACGUGAUCGAUGAUGAUGAAGAUGACACGGAUUCCGAGGAAGAUGUGAGAGAAGAUGGAAGGAGGCGAACAAGAACGAUUGGGGAUGAGAUAGUGAGAAAGGCACUUGAUCAUUUAGGCAAAACAUUAAUGGCAAAGUUGUACAAGGAGAAAAAGGAAGACGGUUAUUUAUCAUCAUCUACCACUGGUACACGCAGGGUGGAUCAGUAUAUUGAUGUUGACUUUAUGAUGGCAUACCUCUUUCGGCAAGUCGAUAAAAAGCAUGCAAUCUUGCUAAAGAACAAAGAACUCAAGUUUCCACAAAAGCGAGAGUCAAUGGCACCACCGAUGAUCUCAGCUACGGAAAUGCGAAGAAAUCAAAAUGAACAGUCCACCACUUUACCACCUUCUCGUUUGGCCGAAAGACAGGCGAACGAGUCAGAUCGUCAUGAUAUCGUUGCAGAAGGUCAGGAGAUCGGAUCACGAACGGAUGAUAUACGUGUCAAAGAAGAAGAUGAUGCCUUCGCCACGACCUUCAGCUUUGCAGAUCAGGUAGCGGAAGAUGGCGCAGAGAUGGAGGAAGAACCUGCCAAUGACAAUGCCGCAAUCGAUCUCGAUUCAAUGGAAGAUGAUAAGAAACCAAGGUUGUCUGUUUCAUACACCGGCUUUCGAAUUUUCGAAUUGACAUUGGUCUUGAUCAUCGAGCCUACUAAACGAACGAGAAGAUUGCGACCGGAGCUAUUCCGAGAGGAGGUGCAGGAGGAAAAGCACUUAUUAUCUGCCACUCCGCUUCCUGAUCAACAGCGUCAAACGCCCCUUCCUUCUAGCACACCAGCAAGAAAUACCCGCUCACUUUCCGUUGCCAGUAGCUUCGACGGAGAUGAUGACGAUGAUGAUCAGCAAACAGCUCAACAACGUGCAGAUAGCAGAAGGUUGGCAAGUAACGGACCUCUAUUUCGUGGUACACCGAGUGAUUGGGAACCUACUCCGACCCCAACACCAGCACCGGAAGACAGAAGAAGCCAAGCGGGUACGGUAGUGGAAGACGAUGAUUCUGGAACAGAAGAACGUCCAGAAGAAUCGGCUGGCUUUCAACUUGCAACUCAAUUGUUGAACGCCGACGGGGCAGAAAAUGGUGGUAGAGGAUAUGAGGAUGAUGACGAGUAAACAAGAGUUGUUGAAGACUACAAUGUAUCAUAUAGCAAAAAUUUCGUUCAAUACUGUAUUUGUUCCCCAUUUGAGACUGACACCCACGAAUCGCUCAUGCUGCUGUU